AAUGCCGGAGAUUAUUGAUUUUUGUUUAUAUAACUUUGAUGAAGAAAAAUUAGAGCAAAAAAUGCUAUACCAUAUUUGGAAAAGAAAGCCCUGAAAUUUAAGCACCGUCCUAAAGUGUGAAAAACGAAUUGAGGUGCUUUUGUAAAGACAAUGAUUAAACUGUGAAUCUGACUUGACCUAACUUAAGCGUCUUCAAAAUAAACCGCAUAACUGCUCUACUGCUUAUCUGGGAUAGUGUUCUACCUGACCUAGGGUGUUGUAAGCAGGGCUGCCUGAUUUCCACACUAAGGAAAUCUACGUUCGGUCACAGACAGUUACCAGUUAUGCAAUAUAUCCAACUUUAUCGAACUCGGAGGAAUGUAUAAGUUGUUUAUUGAGAUUUUGCAUGGUAAUUGGAGAAUAAAGUGUAACAAUGUCAGAUAGUGAUGAUGAUGCAUAUGGACCUGCUUUGCCCCCCGGUUUCAAGUCAAAACAAAGGCAUGAAGAAGAUAAUGGACGUACAGGACCAGCUUUACCUCCCCGGUUAAUGAAUUCACAGCAGAAAAAUGAAGACAAGGAAGAUAACAGAGCCAGAAAUGACAGCAAAUCAUAUGGACCAAGUAUACCUCCACAAAUAAAGAAAAACUCUAAUGCUAAUGAAGAUAGUGAGGACAGUGAGGAUGAUGCAUAUGAACCUUCUUUGCCACCUGGUUUCAAAUCUAGAAGAGGGCAUGAAGAAGAUAAAGAUGAAGAUAGUAGCGACUCUGUUGACAGUGACUCUUUUGGGCCAAGUUUACCACCACGCAUGAAAAAUCCUAAUGUCAGUGAUAGUGAUCAUAGUAAUAGUGAUAAGUAUGGUUCAGGCACGGUGAAAAGAAAAAAUAGUGAGAGUGACAUUGUCCCUAAAAAGCACAUGAGAACUACAGAAGAAGAAGAAGACGAAGAUUCUGUUGAUGAAGAGGACUUGUAUGGACCAGCUCUUCCUCCUCAUUUGAUAAAGAAUAAAAGUCAGAGAUCUGUACCAAAAGGGGAGAGGAUUUUAGGCCCUGUUCUUCCAGCUGGUAUUGUUCCACCUGAAUCUUCAACCUUUGAAGCCCCUGAAGAAGAGGAAGAUAGUGAAGAAGAUGAAGGUCCAUUGGUUGGACCAAUGCCUUCAGAUGUUGCUCUCAAUGAAAAAGAAUACCGUGCUCAGCAAUUUGAACUUAGAGCUCAGAGAAUGAAAGAUAAACUGGAGGGAAAACAUGAUAACAGUAAGCCUCAAAAAAGAGAAUCAUGGAUGUUAGAGUUGCCAGAAGACAAGCCAAAUUUUUGUGGGUUGGCACCUCGUCAAUUUUUAAAGAAAGCCCCUCAAGAGAAGGGUGAUCGUUCAGUGUGGACUGAUACUCCUGAUGAUAAAAGAAGAAAAGCAGAAGCAGAGAUGGAAAGUGAGGAAGAACCUUCAAUGAAUCCUGUAUCAUCUGCCACGCGAGAGAGAGAUGAGGAUCUUACAGCUAGAGUGGAUCAGUACAACAAAGAAAAGAGAGCAAAACCAUUAAUUGAUUUACACCAGAAAAAGAUGAAGAAACAAGAGAAGGAAUCAGGACCUAAAGAAAGGCGUCCUUUCAGCCGUGAAGAGGAUUUGAAUGUUAAUAAAUUUGAUGAAGCACAAAAGAAUAAUAUUCUCAAGAAAGCACGCCAGCUGAAUGAUAGAUUCAGCGCUGGGGAUCGAAAGUUUUUGUAAUUUUCAUCUGCAAUACUUCACCUUCAGAUUUAUUAGGAAGAAGGAUGAAUGGUCAAGAAAUGACCUAUUGUAGU